AUGGCCGAUUCGAUUAAGGAAAAGGAGACAACGGUCUCCCCGCCGACUCCCCAUGAGCACGGCAUUGGGAAAACGACACAGGAGGUCACCCUUACGAAGGAUGGCUUCAGCGUUCACCCCCAGCCCGUCCCCGGGGACGCCAUGGACCCUCUCAAUUGGUCUUCUUUCCAGAAGCAGACGAUCCUGGCCAUCGUCAUGGCAUUAUAUUUCAUGUUCACUUACAUCACUACGACGACAGUGCCCUCCUUUCCCGAGCUCCAGGAGCAAUACUCCCUCACCCUCGAGAUGGUGAACUGGACCGUCGCCAUUCCGGCUCUCGGCCUCGCCAUCGGGCCUCUGCUCUGGUCCUCCCUGGCCGACAUCAUCGGCCGCCGCCCCAUCUUUAUCGCCGGCACCGUCGUCGCCUUCGCCGCCACGAUCGGCGCCGCCAAGGCCCCUUCGUACGGCGGAUACAUGGCCGCCCGCCUCUUCCAGGGCCUGGGCGUGAGCCCCGCUGCCACAGUCGGGCUGGCUAUCAUCAACGACAUGUUCUUCGAGCACGAGCGCGGGCAAAAGGUCGGGCUGUGGGUCCUGGCCAUCGACUUGGGCCUGCUCGCGGGGCCCCUGAUCGGCGGGUUCGUGGACCUGGUCGACCACUACUGGAUCCAGUGGCUGACGGCCAUCCUGUUCGCCGUCAUCCUGGCGGCCGAGAUGGCUUUCCUGCCCGAGACGCUGUACCCGCGAGACUACAUGCUCUCUAGGACGAGCGGCGUCGUCCUCACCACGGGGGCCGUGGAUGAGAAGGCCGUCGCGGCGGGCCCGGCGACGCCAGAGGCCGUGGAAGUUUCAAGGACAAAGAACCUGCCGUUUCUGAACGUGAAGCCUCUGCCGGCGAUGAAGCACCCCAAGGCGUGGGCCUCGAUCGUCCGGUUCGGGAAGCUGUUCAAGUAUCCCGUGGUACCCAUCGCGACGGGCGUCUACUGCUUCGGAUGGUACUGGUGGGUUCUGUCGGUCAUCACGAUGAUUCCGGUGGCAUACAUCGACUACUCGCCGCAGAGCCAGGGCCUCUUAUUCAUCGGUCUGAUUGUGGGGACGCUCGUGUCCGAAAUCUUCUUCUCCGGAAAGCUCAGCGACUGGCUCGUCGUCAAGCUCGCGAAGGGCAACGGCGGUGUUAAGACUGCCGAGAUGCGUCUGUGGCUGGCGUACCCGGCGGCUGUCCUGACGGCCAUCGGCCUCGUGAUCUGGGGCGUCAGCAUCGACAAGGCCUACCACUGGAUGGUGGGACAAGUAGCUUUUGCGCUCUUCGGUGCCGGUAUCCAGAUGGGCAACACGGCGAUUUGCUCGUACAUCGUCGACGCCUAUCCCCUUCAGAGCAUGGCCGUCAUCACCUUCUACGCCGUACUGCUAAACCUUAGCGCCUUUAUCGACCCCUUCUUCAUCGCGCCCUGGGUCACGGACGUGGGCUACACGUGGACGUUCGCGGGGCAUGGCAUCAUUACAGUCUUCUUCUGCAUCCCCGCGCUGGGGCUGCUGCAUCGCUUUGGUGGCGCGAUGAGGCAAAAUGCCGGGGAUCCCGACUGGGUAAACCCGGAGUACGAUCACGACAUCGUCAGGGAGUCAUGA